AGGGCGUGGCCGAGAAUCGCGGGCACGAUUGCUAAUGAGAGACCGAUAUCAGUGCCACACGCGACUCCCAGGGGACAUAAAGGAAUGAGGACAUUUCAUUUUACCGAACUACCUGCAAGUGCUGAAAUAAUACAGAUUCUGAGAAGUUACUCUGGAAAUGGCAGAAAUGGUCCAAGAAAAGAGUACAGGAUUAAAAUUCGCGGAGGAGCUACUUCUGAGACACGGAUGGGAAAAAGGUAAAGGUCUGGGCAAAUCAGAGAAUGGCAUCUCAGAGGCUAUUAAAGUCAAAAUUAAAUCUGGUAAAGGAGGGAUAGGCCAUAGGGAAGGUGAGCAGUUCAGUUUCCACUGGUGGGAUCAUGUUUUUAACAAAGCCUCAUCCAGUCUGGUUGUCGAAACAGCGCAGAGCGGUGUGAUGGUGAAGAAGUCACAUGAUAGCAGUGAUGGAUUAAUCUCUGUCAAGAAGCCACGCAAGGCUCUGCAAGCCAAGUCCAUGCUAUAUGGAAGUUUUGUCAAGUCAGCUACACUGCUGUCAGGUGAGGAGCAGCCUGUAAAGACCUCUGUUUCAGAUGACAGCAGCAGUUCUGAAGAUGAGGACCAGAAACUGGACCUUUCCAGCACUGCCAAGCUAUCUGACACAGAUCUGCUAAAAGUUUGUGGAGGACGAACAGCACACAAAGGAGCCAGACAUGGACUCACAAUGAGCGCCAAACUGGCUCGGCUUGAGCAGCAGGAGCAGGAGUUCAUGAACAAGUAUGGUAAGAAGAACAACACUGCUGAAACAUCCACAAGCAGCACAGAUUGUUUAAACGCUGUGGGAAAUCCAGAUAUUAAAGAGAAAACAAAACGCAAGAAAUCAAAAAUCCAGGUAGGACCCUCUGAGAAUAUUGUCCAUGAAGAUAAGAUGACAACACAGGUUCUUUUAAGUAAAGAUAUUGAGGACGGCAAACCGAAAAAGAGGAAAGACUCUAAUGACGUGUCUGUGAAUGAUGAUGAUAUCACAGAUAUUGAGCCAAAGAAGAAGAAAAAGAAAAAUCACAAAGAAAAAGAAGUACUUGAGGAUGGUCUUAAUGGAGAAUGCAGUGUAGACGUGAAUGAAGCGUUCACACACACAUCAGAGGAACGUGACACACACUUGCAGAUGAAUGACAGCAUUCACAAAAAGAAGAAAAAGAAACGGUCCAAGGUGGUUGUCGAGACUGCCUAUACAGAUGAGAUCAGUGAGGAUUCCGCCGACGCACACUGCAAACAACCACAGGAGGGCAGUAUUGAGUAUCAACAAACCUCUGACAAUGCCUCCAAGAAGAAAAAGAAAUCCGCAAUGGACCUCUCUGAAACCUCUCCAUCCACAGAUCUGGAGAACUCAACUAGUGUGAUGACAGAGGACACUAGCAACGAAGCACAGGUAAUGGACACACAAACAGAAGGACAGGAGAACAACAGGAAGAAGAACAAGAAAAAGAAACAAAGCAAAAAGGAGGAGCAGGAGGUGGUAAUGAAUGUCCAGUUUGAGGAGUCCAUACCAAAGAAAAAAAAGAGCAAAGAGUGAACACACAUGGUACCAAACUCA